CAUGCGUCCCAACAACAAAAUUUUCAUGUGAAUCGGCCCAUGCCCGUUCUCGUGCGUGUUGGUUUUCUUUCUACUGUGUGCGCGCUCUGCGCGUUUAUUCUUUUUUGAGGCGUAAAUGAAGUUUGCCGAUCGUAAUUUUCGCGGACCGAUAUAAUAUAGGGGUGUAAAACAAGUAUAUUUACGAUCGUAUUGAAAGUGCCAAAAUUUGGAUAAGCCCCACAUGACUGUGACGUCGGAGAGAAUCACUUAUUUUUUGCCUUUUUUUUGCACAUCGUGAAAAUAAAACCUCAUUGAACGAAAAAGAAAGAAAAAAGACACUUCGCUUCUUGUUUAUUCGUCGUCAUUGCGUGUCGUCGCGCAACAAAACGGCGAUCGUUGAUCUUUGCACGUUUAUUUUCCUUUUUUCUCCCUUGCCACCCCCUCCCCGCACCUUCCCUCCCCGCCGUUGUCCGAUUCAUAAAUAAAACGUUGUUUACCCGAACUUAAAGACGAUUUAUAUCAUUUUUAAACACAUUUUUUCUCCCCCUAAUUGUCUAAGUUCGACAAAAUAAACAAAUAUAUAUAUAUAAUUGAUCCCGCGGACGACGACGUCGGGGUCAUGGGGGACGCAACCAUGGGCGCCGUGGCGUCCGGCGCCAGUCAGCAUGUCGUCAAAGAAGGCUGGCUCCAAAAACGCGGGGAGCACAUAAAGAAUUGGCGAUCGCGCUAUUUUGUACUUCGAGAUGACGGCACGCUAGUUGGUUUCAAAGCAAAGCCGGAUCAACAAAUGGCGGCUGCUGCGCAGCCGCUAAACAAUUUCACUGUCAGAGGUUGUCAAAUAAUGUCGGUCGACCGACCAAAACCUUUUACCUUUGUCAUAAGAGGAUUGCAGUGGACCACUGUUAUCGAAAGAACGUUUCAUGUAGAGACGGAACAAGAACGGGAGGAUUGGGUCACCGCCAUAAGAUACGUCGCCGACCGUUUGGCCAGCGAGGAACAGCAGCAUCAGCCACAAAUGCAAAUGUCAUCGUCCCCGGAGGACAUGGACAUGGAAUCAGCUGGUGGCGGACGAUCGGAUUCGGGCAGUUCGCUCGGCGUCGUUUCCGGUGAUAUUGAUGGCGACGGUAGCAUCGACGAACUUUCGGCGAAGUUCAGUGUUCAGGGAACCUCCAGUAGCAAAAGUUCGGGGAAGAAAAAAGUCACACUCGAAAAUUUCGAAUUCCUCAAGGUUCUUGGAAAAGGAACUUUUGGCAAAGUUAUAUUGUGCCGAGAAAAAGCCACUGGACAUUUGUACGCUAUUAAAAUAUUGCGAAAAGAAGUUAUUAUAAGGAAGGACGAGGUAGCUCACACUCUCACGGAAAAUCGGGUUCUCAGAACCACGAAUCAUCCGUUCCUAAUAUCCCUAAAGUAUAGUUUUCAAACGGCCGAUCGUUUGUGUUUUGUAAUGGAAUACGUCAACGGUGGUGAAUUGUUCUUUCACCUGAGCCGUUCGAGAGUAUUCGGAGAGGACAGAACAAGAUUUUACGGUGCCGAAAUAAUAUCGGCACUCGGUUAUCUUCACUCCCAAGGAAUAAUAUACCGCGAUCUCAAACUCGAGAAUCUACUUCUCGACAAGGACGGUCAUAUUAAAAUUGCGGACUUCGGUCUCUGCAAAGAAGACAUCACUUAUGGAAGGACGACAAAAACUUUUUGUGGCACGCCGGAAUACCUUGCUCCUGAGGUUCUCGAGGACAACGACUACGGACGUGCGGUCGACUGGUGGGGCGUAGGCGUUGUCAUGUACGAAAUGAUGUGCGGUCGUCUUCCCUUCUACAAUCGUGAUCACGAGAAAUUGUUUACCCUUAUUCUCCUCGAGGAAGUCAGAUUUCCAAGAAAUAUAACGAAUGAAGCGAGGGACAUGUUGGGAGGUUUAUUGAUAAAAGAUCCAAACAGAAGAUUAGGCGGCGGUCCAAACGACGCUAAGGACAUAAUGAAUCACGCAUUUUUUUCAUCGAUCGAUUGGUCGGAUUUGGUGCAAAAGAAAAUUCCACCCCCUUUCAAGCCUCAAGUAACAUCGGAAACGGACACGCGUUAUUUCGACACAGAAUUUACGGGGGAGAGUGUGGAGUUGACGCCGCCGGAUCAGGCGGCGAUUUUAGGCAGCGGUAGCGGUUUGAAUUCGAUCGCUGAGGAGCAGGAGCAUUUUCCACAAUUCUCUUAUCAAGAGAGUCAUUCGGCAGCGACAUCGUCGAUCGUGUCGAUCAAUCACUGACACUCGCUGACGAUUCGAGCUGAGAAAAAUCUUGAAAAAAGUCGUUGAAAGGAGAAAAAGUUAUGGGAGGAAAAACACACACAAUUACGACGUUAUUCUCGUUCGUACGUGCCAAUUUUUUGGCGGGACACUGCAGGGGCUAAAAUGCAAAAAAAUGAAAAUACAAUUACACAAGAAAAUAAUGAUACGAACGCGAUAAACAAUGUUCCAAGAGAGGAAUUAAGAGUCUCGUUUGAAACGACUUUUUGUCAUCGAUUUUAAUCGGUGCGAAAGGGAAUUAAACUAUUAAAAAAUAACAAAAUGAGAGAAACACGAGGAACAAAACAAAUCGAAUUAACACUCGUCGGAUAUAUUUGUUUGGAAUGAAACAGUUAUCGGCCUUCGAGACGCUUGUGUGGUGCAUGUUUACAUUUUUUAAAACAUAUCUCAAAGUGGCAGACUAAGUCGUUUUACACAUUUUUUUUCACCCAAAAAUCAUCGUUUUACAGAAUUAAGCUGCUCGUAUGUCAUUAUUAUAACUGCAUUGAUAAUGCAUUAUUUUCGAAAAAAUUUUAUUGCAUUUCCAUUCAUUUCCGUAAUAAAAUGUACCGAAAUUUUUUCUAAUUACGAUAUAUUCAGAAAUUUAAAAAAAAGAAACAAACUUUUCGAAAAUUUCGUUUUGAAAAGCAAGCAACGUUUUUUCCGUCGUCGAUGCUCAAAAUCAAAAUUCGUAAAACUCCGAAAACAGUUGAAAUUUUUUAAUAUUAUCUCAAUCCCCAAAACUCCAGUGAAUUUUUUAGCUGUUCAAAAAUGUGUAAAACGUCGUUAAACUCAUCGGGUAAAGGUGAAAAUGGAGAAAAGAG